AUGAGCACCCGGGUGGCGGCGGGGCCCAUCUUCACGGAGGGCGAGGAUUGCCGGGCGGCCUGGCGGGAGGCGGCAGCCGGCUAUGAUGCGCCAGACGCCCACCUGGAGAUCCUGGGGAAGCCGGUGAUGGAGCGCUGGGAGACACCCUACAUGCACUCGCUGGCGGCCGUGGCCGCGUCGAGGGGCGGCCGCGUGCUGGAGGUGGGCUUCGGCAUGGCCAUCGCUGCCAGCAAGGUGGAGGAGUUCAACAUCGAGGAGCACUGGAUCAUCGAGUGCAACGAGGGGGUUUUCCGGCGGCUGGAGGAGUGGGCCAGGACGCAGCCGCACAAGGUCGUGGCCCUGAAGGGGCUGUGGGAGGAGGUGGUGCCGACGCUGCCGGACGGGCACUUCAGGGGGAUCCUGUACGACACCUACCCGCUGUCGGAGGAGACUUGGCACACGCAUCAGUUCACAUUCAUCAAGGACCAUGCCUUCCGCUUGCUGCAGCCCGGCGGGGUCCUCACCUACUGCAACCUGACCUCCUGGGGGGAGCUGCUGAAGACCGAGUACACCGACAUCGAGAAGAUGUUUGAGGAGACCCAGGUAGGGCAGCUGGUGGAGGCCGGGUUCAAGAAGGAGAACAUCAGCACGAGGGUGAUGGACCUGGUCCCCCCCAAGGACUGCAGGUACUACUCCUUCCACAAGAUGAUCACACCCACCAUCGUUAAGCACUGAGGGUGCUGACAGCCCGGCACCGGCCCUCGGCGCUGCCCUGAAGCCGCAGGAAGCAAACACUGAGGAGGAGAGGCCGAUUAUGUGCACUGUGAGGAGG